CUGAAAAAUAAAAUAAGCUGAAUCCAUUCCACACAUAUCUCACCCUCACCCAUAAGAUUUGAAAUCCUUGUUGCCCUUCCAACUUACGCCAUAAGCUCUAGGCAGAUCUCACCAUCGCCACUUCGCCGACCUCGGCCUUCUGCUCCAGAACUUAUUGAUGGAACACACAUACCUGCUAUAGUAUCGGGAAGAGAUGUGUGCUCUUACCGAAAUCGUCACGGAAAAAUAUCUCAGAAUGUCUUGGCGGCUACUAAUUUUGAUUUGGAGUUCAUAUAUAUCCUAAGUGGAUGGGAAGGUUCAGCUCAUGAUUCAAAAUUAUUAAAUGACGCUUUAAUGAGAAGAAACGGGUUUAAAGUGCCACGAGGUAAGCUUAAUCACAUUACAUUUUAUUUUUUUAUUUCACUAAAUUUGUAAUGGUAUUUAUGUAUAUUGUACUCUUAGGAAAAUGUUUUCUUGUUGAUUGUGGAUUUGCAAACCGUCGACAAUUUUUAGCUCCAUUUCGAGGUGUUCGAUACCAUCUCCAAGAUUUUGGUGGGGAUGGGCGCCAUCCGGGAAAUGAACGUGAACUAUUCAAUUUACGACAUGCUUCAUUAAGAAAUGUAGUGGAGAGAAUAUUUGGUAUCUUCAAAUCACGGUUUGCGAUUUUUAAGUCAGCUCCCCCAUUUCCAUUCAAAACGCAAGCAGAGUUAGUUUUGGCAUGUGCUGGGGUCCAUAACUAUCUACGCAAAGAAUGUCGGGCUGAUGAAUUUCCUGUUGAUUCUGAUGAUGAUGAAGAAGACUCUACUGAUCCAUCUCUAUUGGAAGAAGUUGAAGAAGAAAUGGACACUUUCCAAAGUCAAGAUGAACAAAGACAACAUGCAAAUCAGUGGAGGAACGAUAUAGCUCAAAACAUGUGGAUUGAUGUCACAGACGAAGAACUAGAUUAAAGUUAUUUUAUCCUUUUGUUUGUGUAAGGACUCAUUUUGAUAUGACUAUGUAUUGGCGCUAAUUUAACAUAUAAUUUUAAGUAUUUUGUUAAAACAAAAUCACUACUUUUUGCAAAUUGAUGUCAGUUUGCAACGAUCCAUUUUAACGUUUGA